GAAGUAGCCGAGCCAUGAUAGCGGAUAUGGCCUUGUGACGUUGAACGGUUGCUGCCGGGAUUCCGAACGUCGGUGGAACGUCGUUCUGUAUCACGUGUAGCCGGCACCGGGCUGACUGGAAGCGUUUCUUGUUGGCGAAAUUGGCGGCGAGAAAGAUCACGAAGAACCGAGGAUAACAGACAUAAAGAGGGGUCUUUGACAUGUACUUAAUGGUGCUAGCAGGUUACAUGUGACAUGACAAAAAUAAUCCAAUGGGUCAUCAAGAUGGCUUCAGAGGCUCCAAGAUCUACAGUGUCAUUGGUUGGACCAGGGUCUAUUUUAGAUAAACCUUCGCUCCACGUGGUGGGGUAUUUGGGAAAAAAUCCUGAUUCCAGUACAGCUUCUCCAGAUGGAUGCUGCCCAGUGUGCAAGGCCAAAGGCCAGUCCCAAGCUCUUCGUACAUACAGGAUUAAUUUUACUCAGUCGAUCUUCCUGUGUGCUAAUCCACAGUGUAUUUACCCCCUGGGGUAUACCCCUCUGGAUAACAUAAUUGCAAACACAGCAGACCUAAAGAAACCGUGUUGUCCUUCUAAGCAGAAGAAGCGUACUUACUCAGAAACCUCAAUAACUAAGCCAUGUAUGAAGAAACUGAAAACUGAUGCUUCAGUCUGUGGAGAGCCGCUCUCAAAAAAUGACAUUUCAUCUUCCCAGAACAACUGCAACCAUUUGUCUGUCUCCACUAACCCAGCCUGUGAAGGUUUCAUUUACAAUGGUUCCUUGCAGUCUGACCACAGAGAGCAUACCAAGCAAAAUGUGACGGAAAGGUCUAGCCGCUUCAGUAAUGGUACGGCUAUCCUUCAUCCCGUAUCCCCAUCAACAUCUAAAGCACCAAUAUGUGAUCGGACAGGAUUGUCUGGACAGAUCCACACGAAUGAUUUCCUGUCUGUGCAAAACAAUGCCGAACAGAAUAACAUGUUGCGCGGUGACUUUGUUGCCGUUUUACAUGAAGAACCAACGCUAUUGGCAAUGUGUGAAAGCUCAAAACUAGAUGGUACACAGACCAAUGGAAAUCUGACACAAAACGGGCACAUUGAAGGUAGUUCUGUACUUGACAAAAGUACCUCACCUGAUCACCAGCACGAGAGAGGUUCAUUGAUGGAAAUUUCCAGUCCCAUACACAAUGAGUCUUGUGUCACCCAAGAAAUUGAGAAUAUAAAACCGACACACAAUUCAUUACAGGCAUCUGGACUAUCAGAACUAGUUGAUCUCAUCCAGGACAGUCAACGUGCUUCUAAAAAUGAACUCCAAAGUGGCGCAGUGAUGGAGGUGUUCAGUUCCUCACAUGAUGAGAAAACUGACAGACAGGCAGACUCUUCGUUAAUUGAAUGUGAAUUGUUAGAAUCUGUUGAUUUACUACAAAGCAACCACAAUGACUGUGGAGAUCCAUACUAUCCUUCAAUACUGCAGCAAGCAAAACCAGAUUGUAAUGCACAAAAAAGAUCAACAGAGAACAUUAUUAGUCUCUUAAAUAAUAAAGAAGCGGCUGAGCAAGACAAUGAAACGCUUAAUGUGGCAGGACUCUCAUUACCAGAAUCUGAAUCGUCUGAUUUGUUUGGGGACAGUCAAAAUCCGUGUGAACAUACAGCCUCUCCUACAUUGUUUGCAGUGUCUCAAGCUGAACAGCAAGUGAAAGAAGACUCAUUAAUAGCUUUAUCUGUUCCCCAUUACACUGCUGUGGAAAAAAGUAUCAAUACAAAUGCUGAAGCUUUGUUACUACAGGAUAGCCCAGCUGAGCAGAAUAACAUGAUGGAUCACGACCCCAAGGAUGUUCCUUUAUCAGGGGUGUCCUCCUCGGAAUGCAUCUCGGAGAGUAAAAAUGAAGAUGGAUACAGUGCAGGGAUGUGUCAGUCUAAUGUUGUCCUUGAAGGGUCAUCUCUGGAAAAAAUUGAGGUAUUACAAGAUAGCAUGGCUGAGGAGAGUAACAUGGUGGACAUGGAAGUCUCUUUAUUAAAUCAUGACCAGGAGACCAAGGAUGUUCCAUUAUCAGAGGUGUCCUCAGAAUCCCUCAUAGAAGCACGCCAGUCUGAUGAUGUCCUUCAAGGGCCAUCUCUGGAAAAAAUUAAGGUAUCACAUGAUAGCAUGGCUGAGCAGAGUAAAACAGUGGACGUGGAAGUCUCUUUAUUAAAUCAUGACCAGGAGACCAAGGAUGUUCCAUUAUCAGAGGUGUCCUCAGAAGGCCUCAAAGAAGCACGCCAGUCUGAUGAUGUCCUUGAAGGGCCAUCUCUGGAGAAAAUUGAGGUAUCACAUGAUAGCGUGGCUGAGCAGAGUAAAACUGUGGACGUGGAAGUCUCUUUAGUAAAUCCUGACCAGGAGACCAAGGAUGUUCCCUUAUCAGAGGUGUCAUCUUUAGAAUGUGUGUCUAAGUUUAAGGGUGAAGAUAGAUGCACUGUAAGUGCGAUCUCAGAAAUGUGUCAGUCUGAUGAUGUCCUUGAAGUGCCAUCUGUGGAAAAAAUCAAGGUAUCAGCUGAGCAGAGUAACACUGACAUGAAUGUCUCUUUAGUAAGUGAUGACCAGGUCACCGAGGGUGUUAAAUUAUCAACGGUGUCAUCUUCAGAAUGCGUGUCUGAGAAUAAAAGUCCGGAUGGGUCCACUGCAAGCACGAUCACAGAUGUGUCUGGUAACUCUGAAGAGACAUCUCUGAACACUCAACUAUCUGUAGAGCAAACGAGCAUCCAGUCACCACAUAAAGAAUUGAAAUAUCUUCAUUGGAGAAACAAACACUCGCUCUGUUGGUUAGACUGUAUACUGUCCACUCUGGUUCAUUCUAGCACAGUUAAGCACACUGUGGCACAAGAUGGCUCUGUGGAGGAUUCAAUCAUCCAUAAACUCCUUGAAAAAUAUCAGGAAGCAAAUUCAAUAGUGACACCAAAUGGCAAAAAGAACAAAGGAUGUCAAAGAACGCUUAAUUUGGCCCAGAAGUGCCUGGAUGAGAUCAGAAUUUUUAUUUUUGACAAAAUAAAGACCUCUUUGAAGUGUAAAUUGGGAAUGAAGGAAAGUCCGGUUUUUGCGUUUCCAUUAAUUUUGCAGCAGGACCCGAAGUUUAAGGAACUCUUUGUUCACACUUUUUCGUGGAACUUUUCGUGUGAACUUUGUGGAUACAAAAGUCAGGAGAGGUGCCAGAAAACAAUGACAACUUUUACAAACAUCUUUCCAGACUGGAAACCCCUGAACGCAGUGCAUCGAGCUCCCUGCAAUGUGUGUCAGGACUCUGCCCAGAAACGCUCAAUGACUUUGGAAAAGGUCCACUCUGUGUUCAUGCUUCACUUUGUGGAAGGGCUACCAAGCAAUGAUGUUCAGAUGUAUUCAUUUCAGCUUGAAGGGCACAUGUAUGAGGUUAAGACGGUGAUCCAGUAUCAGGGUGACCAUUUUGCUACUUGGAUUGCAACCGGUGAUGGUACAUGGCUGGAGUCUGAUGACAUGAAAGGAUCGUACUGCAAAAAACACAACUUCUUUGAUGUCCCUCCUUCAGAAAUUCAUAUUGUAAUUUGGGAGAGGAAUACUUCAAAUAUGACCCAAGAGCCAACUCCCCGUGCUUCAGCAGAAGAAUAUCAAGCAGUUAAUUCAGUAAACCAGUGUUCCUUGGAUUCUAGUCAGCCGGUGUUAUCUGCUUCAGCGGAAUUGCCUAAAGAGAGCGUACCCGAGUCCGUGCCGGAAUCACAGGUCCCAAAUCGAUCGGACAUUCUAUCAGGACUGGAAGGUUAUGCUGAUGAUGAUAUUAUAACUUUGAAUCUGGUAGAAAUACCUGUUGAUUCUUUGGGUAAUCCAAUUGAAAACAGUCUUGCCCCGGUCUCGGUUACGCCUGCAGCACAAGUACAGACCAUUGUACCUGCCACGCUACCAGACACUGCUGUGUGUGAAUUGCCUCAUAAUUCCGAAUUGUUAUCUGGUGGUAAUGGACAAGAGUUGUCUUCUGUCUCUUCCAAUUCACACGCAGGAAGUGUACCUUGUGGUGUUGAUCAUGUUCAGCAGAAUGUGUGUUCUAUCAAAGGUAAGAGUGACAAAGAAUUGGUAAAACCAUCCACUGGAAAAUCGACUAAGAAACCUAGAAAACGCCCUGACUAUUCCAGACUAGAGAAUGUAAAGAAGGGAGUAGUUGGCAGCUGGAUGAAGAGUUUGAUGAGUAAGAAUCCUUCUUUCAUGAAUUCUACUGUGUAUGGUUUGCCCAAGAAGACUACACCUGUCAAUUCCAGUCCUCUUCUAACUGUUACUGAUGUGCAUGCUGUUAAAAAGGCACAAAAUUUUGGUGCCUUCCAAGCAAAAGGAGCCCCAAGCAACUUCAGUACACCUGACUCAAAAUUACUCACCCAAAAUAGAAAUGGUGCGUCUCACAGUGUACAUGUCCCCAAAACCAGUCCACCCGCUGACACUUUUCGUACGCCCACUGUUUCAAAUCAGAUGACGGCUGGGCAGAACAGAGUGGGUUGUGGCAAACUGCAAUUCAAAAAUGAGAUGUCGUCUAAUGAAGAUAAAAUUCGUAAACUUAGGCUGAAAUUGCUAAAGAAGCUAAAAGCCAAGAAGAAUGAGCUGGCCAGUCUUGAAAAGCUUGCAAAAUCUCAGCAUAACAAUGACAGCGGCGGUCCGAUGAAUGGUGGUGCUCAGGCUACCUUCAAUCGGCGUGAACACUUGCGUGGAUUUCUCCAGGAGUUACAAGAACAUCUGGAUAACGCCGACAAUGAAUCCGUAUGCACCAUGAGUUCCAGCGCAUCUCUUUGUAGCAGCCCGGGAGAUGCAGAAUUCUUUGCCGACUUAUUUUCUCCAUCAUCCACAACAAAGGAGAACAGCGAUGACAGCAGUUAUCUGGAAAUGUUUGUUGAUAAUCUUGACUCCUCCUUACCUAAUAAUCACACAACAGUUCAGUCUGCAGAAUAUCAACAACAUACAAAUGGCCAUCACUUCCCAGCAGACAGUCCAUCCCUUCUGCAAGCUACUCCAGGAAGUACAACUUUUGCCCCAAAUGGUGGUUUAAAUACAUCUGUCUCAGAAGAGACCUUCAAUUUCCUCUCAUCAUCUACAUUGGAAAUGUUGAAUGAGGAAAAUCAAUAUUUUCCUCCUUUUGAUGAUAUAUUUUAAAAUAAACUCAAUUGUUAGAAAGAAGUCUUUCUUUAAUGACUUGCAUAUAGAUAAUCCUAGGCAGUUUGCACUGAAGUUAAGUAUGCAAUACGACAGCACUGGGGCAUUGUAUAAUUAUUUUAUAGCACUUAAUCUAUUCUUUCUUUAAAACAGUUUUGUGAGUUCCCUUCUCAAAGGACGUAAGCAAACUUACCCUUGUAUAUGUGAUUUUAUCUGCAUCUGGAAGUUCUUCCAUCAGUUAUCACAGAUCUUGAGUCCUGUUCAACAAACAUACACCAUACACGAUUUGGCCUUUGCAAG